AUGUCGUCUCCACCCCAGAGCAACUGGAGUUUCCCCUUCCACACCAUCCAGCCAUGUAGAAACAGCACAGAUAUUACUCUGUUUCUAGUCGCUUCUUACAGCUUGGAGACCCUGGUAGGCCUUUUAGGAAACUUGUGCUUCAUCGGCAUCCUGGCCAGACAUAAAGAGAAAGCCGCCGUCACCAACAUAUUUCUCGCCAAUCUGAUAGCCUCAAGCUUGACGAUGUGCAUAUUCUGCUUGCCGUUCACUGUCACCACAGUCUUGUUGAAGCACUGGAUAUUUGGCGAAGCCAUGUGCAGGGUGACCUUGUUCAUCCAGUGCACGUCUUUGACCGUCUCCAUCCUGUCGCUUGUGCUCAUUGCUUUAGAAAGGCACCAGCUCAUCGUAAACCCCACCGGCUGGAGGCCCAGCCUCUCCCAAGCCUACCUGGGCAUUGGCAUCGCUUGGAUCUUUGCUUCUUUCUUGUCCUUGCCUUUCGUCGCUUACAGCACCUUGGGCGAUGUCUUCCCGGAAAAGCUCCGCAGAACGGAUUCUUUGGCGAGCAAGGCCGUUUGCUUCCCCUCCUGGCCGUCGGAUGUUUACAGGCUCACCUACUCCACUGUCUUGCUGCUCGUGCAGUACUGCAUCCCUCUUCUCCUCAUCGCGGUGUGCUACCUGAACAUCUACCUGCGCCUCCGGAAGAGGGAGGACAUGUUUCGGAAGAAGCACGAGUGCAGUUGCCGGGCGAGCCACCUGAAGCGGAUCAAUAUUCUGCUGGCGUUAAUGGUCACCGCCUUCGCAGUCUGCUGGCUGCCGCUUCAUGUUUUCAACACCAUCGAUGACUGGAACUACAAAAUCAUCCCCCACUGUAUCCAUGACCUGAUCUUCUCCCUGUGCCAUCUGGUCGCCAUGGCAUCAGCCUGCAUCAACCCCGUCAUCUACGGCUUUCUCAACAAGAACUUCAAAAAAGAAGUGAAGGCCCUGAUUCUGGGUUGCCAUCACCGCUCCUCAGCGCAGGAAUAUGAGGUGAUACCUGUAUCGACCAGGCAGAUGGAACUCUCCAAGGAUUCGCUGAGGAUAAGCGGUCAGCAGAAUCCUAUUUAA